AUGGUUAGUGUCGCAAAGUUACGGCACAAGCUAUGGGACCUGCUAAAUGCAUUGUGCCACGAUCCGAAGCGCCUGGUGCGUGGUGUAGUGCUGUUCAUCUGUAGCAUCGUCGUGAUGUACCAACUGUCCGAUUGUUUCAAGAAGCUGUUCAAUCCUCCGAUAUCGACACACUCGCGCUUCGAUCUGAACGACUCUAUGUUCUACCCAUCGGUCACGUUCUGCCGCGAACCGGCGUACAAGGCGGAUGUGAUGGCAAGGUACAACCUGGCCAUGCACCCAAAGUACACCAGCGCGUUCGAUCGGUUUCGGUUCAACGAAUCCUCCCUGGAGCAGCUGUUCAGCGAGGCGACCUACAAUCACAGCGAAUUUUUCAUACAACACGGCCUGGACGGAGACGCGCACAAUAUCCAAGUGGUGGAGAGUUUACAUCUCGAUAUGGGCCGAUGCUACACGCUGAAUCCACAAACGACCACGAAACACUCCUGGAAGGAGGCCGGUUACUCGAUCAUGCUGCGCCACGACACGAACAUCACGCAGGUCACCGUUGGCGACACACCGCCCGGCUGGCAUGUCUUCAUCCACGACGAAAGCGAAGGUUUCGCCGAGAACCGCAUGCAAUCUUCCGGGCGCGUGGAGUACCUCUUCCUGGAGGUGAACGAGGAAAUGGAGAUCCGCCUGGCGACACAACACUUCUUCAUGCUGGCCAGCUACGAAAACGAGUGUGUCGAACGUUCGUCCGUGAGCUCCACUAGGUGCGGUGAGGACUGCCACUGGAACGCUGUGGUGGACACGGUAGGAUGUUCCGGUCCUUGGAUGCCCGGCUUGAAGGCACCGUACUGCACCAACGCCGAAGACACGAAGCAGUUGAUCAAGCUGUACCGUCAGCUGGAGGAUUUGGACGGAACCCAAUGCGGAUGCUUUCAGCCUUGCACCACCACGAUCUACACAGCGUCUGUCAUGAACCGCAAGCCGUUCCACAUCAGCGUGCCUUCAUCACAGCUGUGGGUGUACUAUACGUCGAAAAUGGUGUCUAUUGUAGAAGAAUUUCAUGGCUACGAUUUCAACCAAUUCGUAUCAGAUCUCGGAGGAUCACUAGGAUUCUUGCUCGGGCUGUCGGUGCUGGGCCUGAUCGGACUGUUGGAGAAAAUUGUGGAGCUGGUUUUCAUCCGUCGUUUGAUAGCUGAGAAGCAAAAAAAGCAGGCAGCCAAAGAGGCACAAUCCCAACCGGAAUCUACUAAAUCGGUAAAUGAUUGUAAAAGCAGUGAAAACCUGCAUCAACCAAGCGACAACACUUUUACGGCAGGGGAAGCUGUUAUACAGUGA